AAUCAAAACUAACCAAGAGUUAAGUCAAACAGAUUUAACUAGACAAGUUAUAUAUAUAAACGAUAUCAAGGGAACAAGCAAUAAAUUACCUAAAAUGGAAAACACCAUGAAAUCGUUAAUUCUUUAUGUUGUAAUCUAGAAAUAUGAACCAAAUAUGGAAAAAAAAAAGUCAACAUUUAAGAAGUAAUUAAGAAUCAAGAAGGAAAUAAUUUAUCUUUAGGAAGAAGAUCGAUCUAAUGGGGCUUUUAAGUACCGUGUUUGAGAAAGAUCGAGAGAACAUGGAGGCUUGGACGUGUCAGGUGGAGGAGAUGAUAAAUGACGGAGACGGACGACCGACGAAUUGAAUCGACGAAAUAAUCACUGAAUUUUGACGAAGAAUCGAUGGAUGGGGGGUGGCCUGAUCUGAGUGGUGUUGGCGUGAAAGGUAAGUCCGAUGGAGUGAAAGACGUUUAAAAAUAACUAAAUAAUGUAGAUAUAUACGUAUAAUAUAAACUAGGUAUUACAUGGGUUUAAUUAAAAAAAAUAAAUAUAAAAUUUUAACAAUUUGAAAAGUUUGAAUUUAUAAAAAAAAAUGAGAAAACUUUGAAUUAUUAAAAUUAAUGAGACUUUAAUGUAUUGAAUACAUUACAUAUAUAAACUUUUUUAAUAAAUGCUUUACAUAUAUAUUACCUUACACUUUAAAUGUAGAAUUUUAAUUUAAUAAAAUGAAAAAUACAAUAAAAUGAUAAGUGGAAAAUAGAAAAUUUAAAAAUUUUAGUAAAUGCCAUGUGUCCAAAUGAAUGAGAAGAGGAUAUGUGGCAAAAAAAUCUUGAUUUAUUAUAGUAGAUUGAGAUAAAAUAAAUUAUUAUUCUAUAUAUUUUUAUUUAACUUCUUACUAUAAAUGCAUAAGAAAAAAAUAUUAAUUGAAUGGAUGUUAGGAGCCGGUGUGACUUUAUUUAUUUAUUUGCCCUUGAUUAAUUUUCAUUUUUAUAGUAGGAUAAAUAUAACAAAGGAGUCCUACAAUUUAAAAUAAAUUAUUCAUCUUUUACUAGCUUUCAUAUUUAAUAUUUUUUAAUCAAUCCAUAAAAUACACAGGAUCCCAUUCUUAGUAACAACACAGCAGUAUGUAUUUCUCUGAAGUUAUUGAAGUUUUCAUGAUAAAAUGAAAUAAUUGUCAUUCUUGUUUUUUUUACUUAAUUUUAUUUUGUUUUAUAACUUAUAUGUAAAGGUACGUAUAAUAUAUAAAUUACAAAAAUAGUAAGUGGUGUUGGUGGCGGAAACGGAUGUGGUGAUGACGGUGACGAUGAUUGUUGGUUGUGAUGGCGAAGGUGGAGGUGGUGGUAGUGAUGAUGGGGUGGAGGCGGUGGUCUUGGUUGUAGUAGUUGUUGUGGUGAUUAUGCUGAUGAUGGUGGUGGUGGAGGUGUAGGUUGCAGUGGAGGUGGUAGUAGUAGUAGUGGAGGAGGUGGUGACAGUGGUGGUGACGGUGGCGAUGGUGGUAGCGGCGGCGGUGAUGGUGGUGGUGAUGGGUGGUGGUGGCGGCGGAGGUGGUGGUGGUGACAAUGGUGGUUGAGGUAGUGGUGGUUGUGGCGUUCGGUGGUGGGUGGCAUAGGUGGUAGUGGUGGGUGGUGGAGGUGGAGGUGGAGGUGUUGUGACGGUGGUGGUGAAGGGUUUUAUAUGUACUUUUUUUUUUAGAAAAAUAAAAAGGUUAAUAUUGUAAUUUUUAACUUUCCUAUUUGAUAAUGUUAUGCCAUAAGAUCGUCAUGUUUAUAUUAAGAAUUCUGCAUAUAUAUGACAUAAUCGUGAUGCUAGAGAGAAGGAAGAAAAAAAAUAACUUCUUGGUUCUUGGUAGAAACAAAGUAUUGAUGUGGCUUGUGUUAUGGAGGAUGUAUCGUCUCCGCAAAGUUUUUGAACUAUUUUCAAGGAUGGAAAAGUCAAUGGUUGGGGUUGUUUCUUCAAAAGCUAUGAAGAGCCUGGCUAUAAACCUCCUCCUCUUUCAUGUGGGUGGGUGUGCAUAUUUUUACUCGGCUAUUAAUACGCCACCUGGCGAAGAAGGAAAUACCUGGAUAGGGAGUUUGACACUGGGAGAGCAAAGCUAUAAAAAUUUUAGACACAUGGGCUUUUGGAAGCUCUAUGUCACAAGCUUUUAUUUUGCUGCUAUGACUGUGACCACAGUGGGAUAUGGGGACCUACAUCCCGUAAACGAGAGAGAGAUUAUCAUUACAGUCGUAUUAAUAUUGUCUACGAUUAUUUCCGUUGUAUAUACGGGUGAUGAUAUGACAAAAGCAAAACAAAAUGGGGAUGCAAAAGGAGAUUCAGAUUCUGCUGUCCAUUACCAGGAGUAUCAAAAGCGCUUGGUUUCUUUUUUGAAGGAUAUCUCACCAAAGUUCAUUAAAGAGACUUCUUUCAUCAAGCUCCUUGAUAAAUACAUCAAUGAUAGCAAGGAAGUUUUCGAAAACCUAGACAAGAUUACCAGAAGUAAAAACUCUGCGGAGGUCAACAGUGUUACAUAUUUUGAUGAUGAUUCUGUGAGGCAACCACUUAUCCAUGAAAAAACUGACAUGAUCAUAAAACAUGAUCUUGGAGACCUUCAAAAACAGCACAUCAUCAACCUCCUGGACAAACAGAUCAAUUAUGGAAUGGAAUUUCUCAAAAACCUACAUCAGAUUACAAGAAAGAAUGCAGCGAAAGUCAACAAAAUGGAUCAUUCUGAUGACAUGCCUGAUCUGGAACAGGUGACUAUUGAAAAAGCUGACAUGAACACACAUGCUUCACUCCAAAAGACACCAUUGGUCGGUUACUACUCUCUCUGACAAUGGGGACAACACAAGUGUGAUCAAUGAACUAGAAUCCCACAACUCCACAAACGAUAAGGCUGAUGAGGGAGACACAAAAGAGUAUGAAAAUAAGGAUGGAUCCUUGGUCAAUCAGGAGCAUGUCUCCCACCAUGAUCUACAUGUCGGUGCAGGUGUAGAUGCACAACAGUCUAAAGGGUUUUUAGAUGUAUACAAUGAAGGAGAUAAGAAAGCCCUUUCG